AGAAGGCUUCGACUGUCCUGGCAGCCCCGCUCCGGCCUAGGGAAGUGGCGGGAUCUCGGCUACGCCCCAGGAGGGCUCGGCACUCAACGAGGGACGUCAGGGCACGAAGGGCUGGGGCCCGGCCGCCGAGCGGAGUUGGCAUUUCCAGAUUGGGGCUUGGGCCGCCCCUCCUCCGCGACCCUCCCCUCCGGACCGCGCUGGGCGCCGCGGGCGAUCCGGGCUGGCUCUCCGGGCGCGGAAAGGUGGACAAGUCCUAUUUUCAAAAGAAGAUGACUUUUAACAGUUUUGAAGCCUCUAAACCUUGUGUACCUGCAGAUCUCAAUAAGGAUGAAUUUGUAGAAGAGUUUAAUAGAUUAAAGACUUUUGCUAAUUUUCCAAGUAAUAGUCCUGUUUCGGCAUCAACGCUCGCACGAGCUGGUUUUCUGUAUACUGGUGAAGGAGACACCGUGCGCUGCUUCAGCUGCCGCGCAGCAGUAGAUAGAUGGCAGUACGGAGACUCUGCCGUUGGAAGACACCGGAAGGUAUCCCCAAAUUGCAGGUUUAUCAAUGGCUUUUAUUUUGAAAAUAAUGUCGCGCAACCAACAAAUCCUGGUAUCCAAAAUGGUCAGUAUAAAGCUGAAAGCUAUCUGGGAAGCAGAAGUCACUUUGUUGUAGACAGGCCAUCUGAGACCCACGCAGACUAUCUUUUGAGAACUGGACAGGUUGUAGAUAUAUCAGAUACCAUAUACCCGAGGAACCCUGCCAUGUAUAGUGAAGAAGCCAGAUUAAAGUCAUUUCAGAACUGGCCAGACUAUGCCCACCUGACCCCAAGAGAGUUAGCUAGCGCUGGACUCUACUACACAGGUAUUGAUGAUCAAGUACAGUGCUUUUGCUGUGGUGGAAAACUGAAAAAUUGGGAACCUUGUGAUCGUGCAUGGUCAGAACACAGGCGACACUUUCCUAAUUGCUUCUUUGUUUUGGGCCGGAAUAUUAAUGUUCGAAGCGAAUCUGAUGUGAGUUCUGAUAGGAAUUUCCCAAAUUCAACAAAUGCUCCAAGAAAUCCAGCCAUGGCAGAUUAUGAAGCACGGAUCAUCACUUUUGGGACGUGGAUGUACUCCGUUAACAAGGAGCAGCUUGCAAGAGCUGGAUUUUAUGCUUUAGGCGAAGGUGACAAAGUAAAAUGCUUUCACUGCGGAGGAGGGCUAACUGAUUGGAAGCCCAGUGAAGACCCUUGGGAACAACAUGCUAAGUGGUAUCCAGGGUGUAAAUUUCUGUUAGAAGAGAAGGGACAAGAAUAUGUAACCAAUAUUCAUUUAACCCAUUCACUUGAGGACUCUCUGGUGAGAACUGCUGAAAAAAUACCAUCCUUAACCAAAAGAAUUGAUGAUGCCAUCUUCCAAGAUCCUAUGGUACAGCAAGCUAUACGAAUGGGGUUCAAUUUCAGAGACAUUAAGAAAGUAAUGGAGGAAAAAAUUCAGACAUCUGGGAGCAACUAUAAGUCACUUGAGAGUCUGGUUGCAGAUCUAGUGAGUGCUCAGAAAGAUAAUACACAAGAUGAAUCAAGCCAGACUUCAUUGGAGAAAGAGAUUAGUGCCGAAGAGCAGCUAAGGCUUCUGCAAGAGGAGAAGCUUUGCAAAAUCUGUAUGGAUAGAAAUAUUGCUGUGGUUUUUAUUCCUUGUGGACAUCUGGUCACUUGUAAACAAUGUGCUGAAGCAGUUGACAAAUGUCCCAUGUGCUACACAAUCAUUACUUUCAAGCAAAAAAUUUUUAUGUCUUAAUCUAACUCUACAGUUAGGCGCAUUAUGUUCUUCUCAUUACCCUGAUUGAGUGUGUGAUGUGAACUGACUUUAAGUAAUCAGCAUUGAAUGCCAUUAGCAUUUGCUACCAAGUAGACAAAAUGUAAACUGCACUGCUCUAGUUUGUAAUCUAAAAUUUGAAUUUCUGGAUUUGGGGGGAUAUUAGCUAUGUUAUAUAUCUUAUUUUUUUUUACUGUUAUUUAAUUGAGAUCUAGACUAAGCACCAUAUUGUAACUGACCGCAGUGUGUAUUUGUCGUACACAAACUUGGUUUCUAAGUGUAAGUGAAUUAAUCAACUGAAUUUUUCAUUCUUUUCAUAUAGGCUUAACAAACGGAGCAUUCUAUGUAAACGUGGAGAUUAGAGUUAAUCUCCCCAAUCACAUAAUUUGUUUUGUGUGAAAAAGGAAUGAACUGUUCCACACUGGUGGAAAGAUAGAGAUUAUUUUUAGACAUUUGUCUUUGUGUUUUAGGAUUCUGUCCAUUCUCUUUUAAAAUUACACACACAUGCUUGGGUGGGUGAUUUUAAAAAAUGAUUUUGCCAUUGUCAAAAGGGUAUUUAAGGAUAGAAUACCAUUUAGCCAACACGCACUGACAUGGAAAGAUGUCAGAGAUAUAUUAAGUGUAAAAUGAAGUGGCAAAAUGCUAUGUAUAGAAUGAGCCAGAUGAAAGUGUGUGUGUGUGUGUGUCUGUGUGUGUGUGUGUUGUAUUUGUAUAGAACAAAAGAUGUGGAAAGAUGACGCACCAGAUUGUUAAAUGUGGUUUCUCUUGAUGUGUGGGGGGGGGGACUUGGGGGGGCGGUUUGCAGGGGCCUUUCACUUUUUUUUUCAUUUUGUUCUGUUUGAAUUUUUUAUAAGUAUGUAUUACUUUUGUAAUCAGAAUUUGUAGAAAGUAUUGUACUGAUUUAAAGGCUUAGGCAUGUUCAAACGCCUGCAAAACUACUUAUUGCUCAGCUUUAGUUUUUCUAAUCCAAGACGGCAGAGCAGUUAACCUUUUUGGUGCCAAUGUGAAAUUUAAAUGUUUUAUGUGUUUUCCUGCUUUGUGGAUGAAAAUAUUUCUGAGUGGUAGUUUUCUGACAGGUAGACCAUGUCUUCUCUUGUUUCAAAAUAAAUAUUCUUGAUUUUGUAAAAUGAAAUAUAAAA